AUGGAGAGCACUGGUACUAAAAUCUAUUCACCUGUGUAAGUUUUACGUUUUUAGCAAUAACUUUCUUUACAAACCAUAAAAUAGUAAGAACUUUCUUUCCGAACCAUGGAAUCGCAAGAACUUUCAUUAAAAAACAUAAAAUGGCAAGAACUUUCUUUACAAAACACAAAACUACAAGAUCUUUCAUUAUAAAGCAUAAUAUGGCAAUAAUAUCCUUUACAAAACAUAAAAUGGCAAUAACUGUGUUUACAAACUAAAAAAAUCAUUUUAGCCAAUCAGCCGAGCUUCCCCUCCGGCCACAAUUUGAAAUGUUACAAAUGGAAACAGACGAUCCAUAUGAUCCAUCAGCUACUCUAACUAUACCAAACAGAACUCAUAUCACAAAACAACAACCAACUUUAGCAACUAAAAUUGCAGUCUGUGUUGUGGCAGCAAUGAUGUCAGCUUUGUGCAUAUUCAUGUUAUUCUCUGAAUAA